AUGGCCAGUACACUUUUAAACCAGCUAGAGGAGGUAAGAUGCCAUGCGGAAGCCUGUCUGCAUUCCACUGGUUCAGUGCUGGAGAUCCGGGCAGGAAUAUUAGCCAUGGCCAACAUACCCUUACCACCUUCAGCCAAAUACCACUACAUUGCUGCUGAGACCAUGGUAAUUGAGAACAGCAUUGGUAACAACAGGAAAGAGGUUAGUUAGUUCACUGUUUCAAGCACACACUCAAACUAUGCCCAUAUCACAUUUCACCUUCACUUAGCCUAUAUCUUGGAAUACAUAACUAAUUUUCCCUCUCUCGCUCUCUAUGUAUUGUGCUGCAUUUCUUUGUUCAGUGUCCAUUCUUUUCUCAACCUCUUUCUGUAUCAACCCUUUUUUAAAUCUUUGUUCUCUCUCCUGCCAGACCAUAGGUUCCCUGCAGAGACUGUCCACAGCACUGAACAUUCUGGAGAAGUAUGGCUGUAACCUCACCAGCUCCAGUAGGCCCAAGUACUGGCGCACUGUCAAGCACAACAACCCCGUCUUCAGAGCAACAGUAGAUGCCAUUCAGGUGAGGAUGCCUUCAAUACAGGUAGGUUAGAUUCUGGGUGAUGAUAUGUAGUCUACUGCCUUGUCACUAUAAACGUAUUGGCAUUAUGUUGAUAAAGGCCUAGUUCAAUACAGUGUUUCCCCUAGGAUUUGUUUUCAGCAGCAGUGGGAAAGUUAGUGUGUGGGGGAGGCGUGUUAGUGGCGUGGCCAAUGUUGCAGUCUCCGACCUAACAUUUUAGAGGCCGUCCUCUUGGCCGCAGAGACAAUGUUGCUGUUUUAAAGCUAAUUUCCUGCAAUUUUACACAUUUUUCCAUGGGGCAGAGAGAAAAUAAAAUGUCGUUUUAAAGCUAAUUUACUAGAUAAGUCUUAUGGUAUUUGAGUGACUCAAACGUUGUAAAUUAAAUCAAUGGGGGCCCCUCACCUUGAAAUUUUUUGAAUUUUAGAUUCUCCCAGAACAUAUAGUUUUUGAUUUGGUGAUUGUUAGUUCUCAAAGAUAAUCUUAUUUAAAAAUAUAUAGCUCCAUUAUCUUUUCUACAUACUUUAUAUCUGGUUUUAGUCGUUUAAGUUUACACUGAAAACAUUUUACCAUCCUAUAUAUAUUGGAGUGGCAGGAACGAUUUGCUGCUAAAUUAAUAUAGGGAAACACUGAUUGAGUCUAUAGCUUACUAUCGUUUUGAUCAAGUUAAUUGUGCACACACCAUUAACUCUACUAAAUUUUAUGUCAACAUUUUUGCAUAAAACCCCUCUAUCUCCUUUCCUCUCCUCUGUUCUACCUCAGGGAGGAAGGGCAGUGCUCUGUCUCUAUGGUUACUCCAACCAGCAGCCAGACGGACUGAGUUUCCCUGAUGUGGUCAUGGAGCCUGACAUUAAGAAGGUUGCAGCGGUCACCUUGGAGGUCAUGAGUCUACGCAUGGAACUGGACAUGCUCAUCAAGGUCUAAACCUAUGGCAUUGUCUCAAAGACAGUUAUUCUGUAAUAUUUCAGAGGUUUAUAAAAUCAGUUGUUGUACUGAGUCAUAGUUGUUGUUGAUGUUUUCACAGGAGGCCCAUCCCCACCCAGAGUUCUUUGAGAGAAUUAUCCCAUCACUGAAUCAAAAGGUAUUUUUCCCCAUAACCUGUCCUCUUCCUCUCUGCCUUCUACUUGAUAUUUUGUUCACCCUAAUAGCCUCUCUCUGCUUCAGACAGUGUUUUAUAUUUGUGUGGUUUUGUGUCUGUUAGUGUCCACUACCAUCAGAUGACUGAAAUCUCCUUUAUGAUUCCAGGAUGACUUCGGACCAAUGUCUGAAGUAGUAGCUAUUCCCUCCAGCCUGAGAGAGAGCCAGCCCCUAUACAUGUCUCUGUCCUCCCUGUCUCAGUCUCCCACUAGUGCCUUUCUUCCAGUACGGACUGCUAACGCCUCAACCUCCACCUCCAUCUCUACCAGACACACAGGUUAGAACUGUGUAUGUGUGAGUGCGUGCGUGUGUGUGUGUUUUUGUUUAACUAUCCUUGUGGGUACCAGAAGUCCUCACAAGGAUAGUAAAACAAGGAAUAUUCGGACAAGUGGGGACAUUUUGCCGGUCCCCACAAGGGAAAAUGCUAUUUUAGGUUUAGGGUUACAAUUAGGGUUAGGGUUUACGGUUAGGGUGAGGUAUAGUUUUAGGGUUAUGGUAUGGUUAGGUUUAGGGUUAGGGAAAAUAGGAUUUAGGAUGGGAAUCAAUUCUUUGGUCCCUACACAGGAUAGCAAUACAAAAACUCUGUGUGUGUGUGUGUGUGUGUGUGCAUGCAUGUGUACAUUUCUAACAUCUGAAACUUACAUUUCACCUUUUCUUGUUUCUCUUCCCCUGCAGCCAGCUGCACUAUCUGUGCUAUAUUUCCUGUGGCUGCCCAUUGUAACUCUUGUGUCCAAUGGCUAUGUACGGAAUGUGACAGACUGUACCACUCCUCCGCAGAGCGAGCCAAUCACCACAGGACUGUCGUGACAUCCUCUAAAAUGCGAAAGAACCACAGGUAAAACAUGACUAAUAACACAAAAUAAAAACUGAGCAGUAAAGGAUGAAAAUGUAUACAUUUUCAUUGCUGAAAAUGCAACUGUCUCUGUGUGUUAGGCACUAGAUUCACUUCCUCUGUCUCUCCCAGCAGCGCCCUCCCGUCAUGGCACUGUACCCACUGCACCAGGGUCAACUCCAUUCAGGACGUACUGUGUGAGAUGUGUGAGAGGCCACGCCUGGCCUCCUCUGGCCCUGCUAAGGAUGAGUUCCCACAGCCCUCCACCAUCACUGGUCAGUAUACACACACACACACACCUAACCAACGAUGUAUGUGUUUUAAUAGUGGUGGUUUGCCUUUUCUCCACUCCAAUUAGUCUCACUCCUCUCUCUUUCUUUGCUUACUUGGUAUGCUAUAUGUGGUUGUUGAGUUCAUAAUCACCUCUUCAAUUGCCCUGUGAUGAGUGUGUUUUCACUAUGUAUUUCAUUAGAGUGGCAGUGUAAAAGCUGUACGGUGGUGAAUGCAGGCAGUAGUAUCCUGUGUGAGGUGUGUGAGCGCCCCCGCCUGGCCACCAAGCCUCCUGCAACCCCCACACACCCCCGUCCUACACCCAACCGGCCUGCUGCUCCAGUACUGGGCAUGCCAGGAGACCCAGACAGCCAGGUAAACCACUGUUAAUGUCAGUGCAGGAGCAGCACGUUUGAGUUGAAAGGAACGUUUCAGAUUCUGCCUUUAUCAACCAUGUUUUACAGUUUAUGUUGUUCCUCUAUUCCCGUGAGUCUCUAAGCUCAUGUCAAUUAUCUCUUAUUUUCCCAUCUUCUCUCUACUCCUCUGUUGCAGUGGGUGUGCCAAUUCUGUACUUAUGUCAAUUACACUCCAGCGUCAGUGUGUGAGAUGUGUGACCUUCCCCGUCCCGAGCCUGCCAAAAUGCCAGUCAAACUCCAUCCUCCGUCCCAGGUCAAAAGGGUCCCUGUGCUGUCCAUCAAACCCAAAGACCCGCCCAUGGAGGACCCUGAUUUGAGGAGACAGAAACAGAUGAGGGAGGAGGGGCUAAAGCUGAUUGAGCUUAUUAGAGUGAGUGAAGGCUUCCUGUAGAACUAUAAUAUGGUGUGUAAUCACUUUACCCCACUAGGAAUAUUACAAGAUAUUAGCGAAUUUAAGAUUUAGAUUCAGAAAAGUAUUUAUUGUACCAUUGCUGAGCGAUUUGGUUGCAGGAAUAUUAAAACUACAGAUUUCAGAUAACAAAUGAUGUGUGAAAAUAACCUAGCAUCCUCUUACUUAUUCAUACAUACAGUGUGGUGAGUAGCAGCAGCUGAGGCCUAGUGAAUAUGUAUGACAGAUUUUUAUUUAUUUUGCUCUCCCCCCUUUCUGUCUCUUAUCUCUAUCUUCCCUCUCUCUCUUUCCCCCUCUCUCUUUCUCCCUCUCUCUCUCUCUCUCUCUCUCUCUCUCUCUCUCUCUCUCUCUCUCUCUCUCAGGAUGGAGAGAAGAAAGGAGUGAGUCCAGAGGAGGUGUACACGGGCAUGCGCGUCUCCGGGGACGGCAACAUCCUCCCCUGUGAUUGGCUCAAAGCGGAGCUACCUCACCUGCUCGAGCAGAUCUGUGCCAUGGCCGCGUCGUCUCCAGCAGCAGACCUGAAGACAGGACUGAAUCAGAACGGGCUGUCCAACGACACUGGUACUGCAGAGGAUACGGGUGUGGAGGAGGAGCAGCCCAGAGGGGGAGGAGUGACCCUGUCCAGGGCUGAGGCCAAGCUGGCCUGGCUGUCUGCAGGGGGAGAAACUGAGAGAGCAGCCAGACAGGCUCUCAGAGACAGACACGCUAAGGUGAGAGACAGGGCAGGAGGUCUAUUGCCCACUAAGAACAGGUCUACGGUCAGUUGUACAGGCACUUCUUUCCCAGCUGAACUCUAUUUACCAGUUUCCCAGACCUGGAUUAAGCCUAGUCCUGGACUAAAACACACUUUCAAUGGAGAUUCUCCAUUAGGAACUAUUUUGAAUCCCGAAUUAGGCUUAUUCUUGGUCUGGGAAAUUGGCCCUAUAUGUAAGAGAUUAGUCUUUUAACACUCAAAGAAGGGUUUGCUUUCUCAUGUACCUGUCCUCCUGUGCAGGUGAAGGAGCUGUGUUCUCUGGGGUUCACCGACGAGGCACGGUGUCAGGAGGUACUGAGGCAGAAUGGGGGAGAGGUGCGGGGGGCUCUGUCUCUGCUGCAGCGACCGCUCAUGGAGCCCUUCCACCAGCGCAUGUGGAGCGACCAGCCCGAGCCCCCCAUCGACAUCAACCACCCCGACAAACAGGUGGGACACUGGGGCUCAACUCUAUUAUGUGCUUUAUUCUGCCCGUACAUUUAGCUGAACACAUAAUAGCUAUAUUGAUGAUAAUGUGCUCACCACUACCACCAUUAGAAAGGUCCACACAUCAUACAUGUUCUUCAAUCAUCUGACAGUUGCUUGAUGUCUCAUGUAAAUUGAUGCUUUACAGUGAAAAGCAUUAGUUUGGAGUCAGGAAUAUCUCUCCUUUCAUCAUGCCUCUGCAUCAGUUGGUCCACUCCACUGGUCUGAUCUCUCUCUCCUCUCCCUCUCCCCUCCUCCCUCCAUCUUCCCCCUGGGACCAGCGUGUGUGUCGGAGGCUGCUGGCGGUGUAUGACCUGCCCAGCUGGGGGCGCUGUGAGCUGGCCCUGUCCUUGCUGCAGGAGCGCACCUCCCCCUACUCCUUGGACGACGUGGUACAGGCCGUACGUGAGUCACAAGACAGAGAAUUCAUCCGCCGGGUGCUGGCCAAAGAGUGCCCCAUCUGCCUGUCGGACUUUCCCCACAGCAAGGUACUCUCUCAAGUGUGUGUGGGGGAGUUGUGGGCGUAUUUGCGUGCAUGUCAGCACUAGCUUGCCUUUGCUCAAAAUGAAGUAGAAGCUUUUCUGUGUGUUUAUUUGCAGUAUCUAACCCCCCCCCCCCCCCCCCCCACAACUCUCAUACACCUUUCUCUCUUCCUGUCUUUCUCUUUGUCCUUCCCUUCCUGUUUCAGAUGCAGUCUCUGACCUCCUGUCAGUGCUCGGUGUGCUGUGGAUGUUUCCAGCAGCACUUCACCAUUGCAGUUAGAGACAAGCACAUCAGAGACAUGGUGUGUCCCGUCUGCUGGGAGCCUGACAUCAACGACCCCGAACACCUCAACAGCUACUUCUCCACCCUGGACAUCCAGGUAGUACAUCACACAGAGAACAACUCUCCCUAAGAUUCUCUCUUUGAAGAGAAAAGAAACAGAGUGAAGACCUAUUUUCUGGAUUUCAGAGGCUUCUCUCCCUUCAAAAUGCAGGUGUCAGUGUGUUUUCAGGGUGUGUGUGAUACUGUCUAUGAUGAUGGUUACACCUGUAAUAAUAUUUCUGUGUGUGUGUGCAGCUGCGGGAGUGUCUGGAGCCGGAGGUAUAUGAUCUGUUUCAUAAGAAGCUGACUGAACAAGCCCUCAUUAAGGACCCCAAGUUCCUCUGGUGUAGUCAUGUGAGUUUUAAUCACAUAAUAUCCUUGAGCGGGUUCUUAUAGUUUACAUUUCCUAUGUAUACAAAGGCAAAGGAAAAAUAUGUUUUUGCUAAAUUGAGGCUGUUAAAAAUAAUUUCAUUACAUGCUACACCCAUCUUCACUAGCUAAAAAGGACCAGUACCUGCCCUUAAACUGUUGAUGAACUAUUCCUCUUCCCUUUCCUGUCUUCUGUUCAUAACUUCUCCCCCCAGUGCUCCUAUGGGUUCAUCUAUGAUGGAGACCAACUGAAGGUCACCUGUUUCCAGUGCAGGAACAGCUUCUGUGCACAAUGCAAGAAACCUGUAAGUGAGAAACAUUACCUCUGUGUGUGAGGGAAUCUGAAUCAGAAAUUGCAAUUAAUUGGGGCUAUGAGAAGAGAUGAUAUAUAGCUUUAGAGUAGAGAUGAUAUAUGGCUUUAGAGUAAAGCUGCUGGAGCCCCAUCUCACUCCAUUGUCCCCUCUUGUCUCUCUCUCUCUCUCUCUCUCUCUAUCUCUCUCUCUCUCUGUCUCUCUCUAUCUCUCUCUCUCUCUGUCUCUCUCUGUCUCUGUGUGCCCUCUAGUGGGAGUCUCAGCAUGGUGGUCUGUCAUGUGAACAGUACCAGUCCUGGAAGAGAGAGAAUGAUCCAGAAUACCAGAGGCAAGGCCUGGCCGGAUACCUGCGCGACAACGGCAUCAGUGAGUCACAGCACACACACCUUCUAAAACACCUCCUCAUUAAGAGCUACUGUAGUGUUUAGACAGAAAAGGCAGGUACUUGCAGAGGUGUGAACGGCCAGACACUUCACUAGGUGUUGGGCUGAGAGAGAUCAAAUUGAUCUUACUAAUAGUUCAUCUUCCAAACCAGCACAUUUCAUUAGCGUCAUGAACAACACUCCCAUAAAGGUACUGUAGGCCUUCUGCUUGAACUAAGGCAGUUGACUAAGACCCUGUUUUAGCAAAGAGUUAGAGCCAGUUAGAGGCCUUUUUAGGUCCCUCCACAGCCUUCAAUUAAUUAAUUAAUUAAUUAAUCAAACUAUUUAUCCUCUUCCUCAGAUGCAUUCUCAUGUCUGCUCUCUGUACUCUCCCUCAGCCUGUCCAAACUGCAGGUUCCAGUAUGCCCUGUCUAAAGGAGGCUGUAUGCAUUUCUGCUGCUCCCAGUGCAGGUACCAGUUCUGCAGCGGAUGCAACAACCCCUUCCACACUGUAAGUUCCUUCUCAAAUGAGUUGGUAUGUUAGUGUUGUGUUAGUCGAUCGUGCUAGUUCCUGGCAAGGGGUUCGAAUGACUUGAAUGUGGCUUUAAUGUGAGUGUUUGUUUUUCUUCCUCCAGUCUAUCUUUCACUCUGCACUCUCUGUCUCUCUCCCCACUCCCUCCUUCUCUCUCUCCCUCCCCUUCCCUCUCUCUAUCCCUCCCCUAUUCUGUCCCUCCCUCCCUCUUCUGUAGACGUGUGCAGUGAUCCAGUGCAGUGUGACAGGCCUGCAUGCCCAUCACCCUCGAGACUGUCUCUUCUACCUGAGGGACUGGGAGCCUGUUAGACUGCAAGCCCUGCUGCAGGUAGACACACAUACUACACACACACACACACCAGUCACACACACCACCACCACAAACGCGGAUGCUCACACACCAUUACAAUCACCAUAACCACAUUAUAGCACUCACAAUCGCAGUUAUAACUAGGGCUGUCAAACAAUUAAAAUAAUUGAUUGAGUUAAUGGCAUUAGUUAAUCGCGAUUAAUCACAAUUUUAGAAUUUGCCCAAAUGUGGCCCUAAAGAAAGAUUUUUCCAUUAAAAAAAUAAGUGCAUUAAGUAACAGGCAUACUGUUCUUUGAUUGUAAUGGACAGAAACACAAAAUGAUCUACAUCAGAAGGUUUUAAUAGCAUUUUUACCAUAAACAACACAAGUCACUGUAACAUACAGCUGUAAAUGCUCCCAGUGUUUAAGUCACUUAUCAAUGUUCGUGAAGUUUAACAAUUGCGCACAAACACACACACACACACACUCUCUUUCUCACACACACACACUCUCUUUCUCUCACACACACACACACAGACACACACACACACACACACACACACACACACACACACAGCUUUAAGUACUGUUAAAUCUUUAGGCAUUCUAAAUGAGUAACUAUAGGAAAAAAUAACUGGCUCUAUGGAUACAAAGAGCUUUUAAACUUGUCCAACAAUGUUAUGAAAACACUGUAACCAUCUUUACUGUUCAGACAACUUUACACACAUAGGCCUCCAUACUCUCCCUCCCUCCAUCCCUCCCACACCCUCUCUCUCUCACUUACGCCCGCUCUUGUACACAUCCUCUCUCACAAUCAUACACACCCCACUCUUGCGUAUGCAGCCUACCUUUGAAGCAUCUCUUUGAGUAGCCAAUUCCUUUUCAGUUCUUCCUGUGCCAUUCAAAUGUGUGCAUAGUCUAGUCAGUGGUCAAGUUCUCAGGUUGCUAGCUAGCUGACUAGCUAGCUAAACAAUGUUGUUUGUUAUCAAACCAAAAAAUAGCGGCUUGCGAGUAGUUUAAAACAGCCCACGACGUGCUUGAAUCCACAGAAUGUUUUUAAAACAUAGCUCUGGUAAUAUUGGGCAAAACUUUUACAUGGUUUUGGCUAGAGGCACAGGGUCUUCGGCGAUGUAAAGGUACAAGCAUUGACUGUAGCUGUGUUCCAUAUUGUGUUCUGUGCUUAAAUGGGUCCGUGCGGUGAGGAAAUGGAGAUGCAAUUAACGGUUUCAAAUAAUUUAACUGUGAUAAACAUGUCACGCAUUAACACGUUAUUAACACGUUAACUUUGACAGCCCUAGUUAUAACGGAUUUUAUUCUAAGAAUAUCUGGAGAUGGAUCGCAUUACCUGUUAAUUAUUUGAUUGUUAUUGUCUGCGUUUGCAGAACAAGGGUGUUGAGUUCAACACUAACACCCCUCCAGGAACUCAAGCAGGUAAGAUUCUAUCUGUUAGGCCAUCUUUAGUUUUUACUCAGAAAACCAGAAAGAAACGGAGCGAUAUACUACUUAUUCUCUCUCUCUCUCAGGGAUGUGUGGCGUGAUAGAGCAGAAGGAUGAGGGGGGGCAGCAGACGGACUCGGCCUGUGGGGCUCAAACUCAGCCUGGCCAUGCAGGACUCUGCGAGUAUGUCACUGCGAACAACUAUAUAGCGUUUUUCAAGGACCCAAAAGCGCUUUAGAUAACAACAGAGUGCUCCCAUGAAAAACAUGAAAACAUGCAUAUAUGUAACUAACUGGUUUUUGCUUAAUCUAUUCCAGGAAACACUACAGAGAGUACUUGGUGAGUCUCAUCAAUGGCCAUUCCAUCGACCCGGCCCCUCUCUUCAAUGCCAACGAGCUGGUUUUGGCCUGUCGGAGAUACCAAGUUGAUGAUGCCCGAGGAGAGAUGGAGGACGACGUGAAGUACUAUCCUCGAAUGCUGGAGGUUUGCUUUGAUGAUCCUUGUGGAGGGGGUGUUGGGCUUUUUCAAAAUAUUUUGUCACUUGGUUUGAUCAUUUCUCAUCUAAUCUUAUUUCAGAAACUUAUUGAUGAAGUACCACUUGGAGACAAGGUUCCUCGGAAGAAAUGAAAACGACUAGUUUUUUGCUUGCUUUUAACAAUCAAGUGUUUUUACUAUUGAGUGUUGGAAUUUUGACUCAAAUCGCCAUCAAAUGUGUUUGCGUCAUUGUGACUGUUACACCAAACAGCAGAAAGCUAUGCUUAUAUCCCCAUGAUUAAGCUACAGUUAUUUAUGAAUCUAUAUUUGGGGUAAAUGCUCAGAGGCACAUUAUUUUAAAACAGAUGUGUGUGUGCACGCGCGUAACAUUUAAAGACUCAUCAAGACUUAGUGAUAACAGGUUUACGUCUUAAAUAACCUGUGAUAUUUAAUGGCAUCACUUCAUUGCACGCAGUCUGUAGGUGCAUGCUCUUAACUGUAUCAUGUCGACUGUGAAGAAAAAUACUUGAAAACAGUUCAGACACAGU